AAAACUGAGCUGCCCCUCCAACCUCCAAACACACCACCUGCGAUUUGGCACAUCCAGACAUUUUGCUCAUAACCACAGCGCAAUGGAGGCCACCGUCGUACCACUUCCGCUCCCUGCCCUCCCUGAGGGUUGGGAGUCUGAGAACAACUUCAAGGCCAUCGGCAAGAUCACCAAGGAGAGCGCUACGCAGCGCACUCUGGAACCCGUCGGCCCCUACUUUCUCGCCCACGCCCGCCGUGCCCGCCACAAGCGCACUUUCUCCGAGGAUGACCGGAUACAGGCUCAGGAGCGCGCCAAGAAGGUGGAGGACAACGACGACGGCGAGAUCAGCGAGCCCGAGGACCCCAUGAUGCUCCAGCGCGAGGCCAAGGACUGGAAGUCGCAGGACCACUACAAGGUUCUCGGCCUGUCCAAGUACCGCUACAAGGCCACCGAGGAGCAGAUCAAGCGCGCCCACCGCAAGAAGGUGCUGAAGCAUCAUCCCGACAAGAAGGCCGCCGCCGGUCGCGCCGAUGACGACAACUUCUUCAAGUGCAUCCAGAAGGCCACCGAGGUGCUGCUCGACCCCAUCAAGCGCCGUCAGUUCGACUCUGUCGACGAGGAGGCCGACGUCGAGCCGCCCACCAAGAAGCAGCUGGCCAAGGGCAACUUCUACAAGCUGUGGAGCCAGGUCUUCAGGUCCGAGGCGCGCUUCAGCAAGGUGCACCCCGUGCCGACCUUCGGCGACGACAAGGCGACCAAGGAGGACGUCGAGAACUUCUACAACUUCUGGUACAACUUCGACAGCUGGCGCUCGUUCGAGUACCUGGACGAGGACGUGCCGGACGACAACGAGAACCGCGACCAGAAGCGGCACAUGGAGCGCAAGAACACCAACGCCCGCAAGAAGAAGAAGGCCGAGGACAACGCCCGCCUCCGCAAGAUGCUCGACGACUGCUCCGCCGGCGACGAGCGCAUCAAGCGCUUCCGCCAGGAGGCCAACGCGGCCAAGAACAAGAAGCGCCUCGACCGCGAGGCCGCCGAGAAGAAGGCCGCCGAGGAUGCCCGUCUCAAGAAGGAAGCCGAGGAGAAGGCGGCCAAGGAGGCUGAGGAGAAGGCCAAGACCGACCGCGAGGCGAACAAGAAGGCCAAGGAAGCGGCCAAGAACGCCGUCAAGAAGAACAAGCGCGUGCUGCGUGGCUCGGUCAAGGACGCCAACUACUUCGUCGAGGGCGACGCGUCUGCGGCCACCGUCGACGCCAUCCUCGGCGACGUCGAGCUGAUCCAGGCCAAGAUUGACGCCGACGAGAUCGCCGCGUUGGCUGGCAAGCUCAACGGCCUCAAGGUGGCUGACGAGAUCAAGGGUGUGUGGAAGGAGGAGGUCGAGAGGCUUGUCGGUGCCGGCAAGCUCAAGGAGGGCGAGGCCAAGGCGCUUGGUGCUUGAAGGGCAUGAUGUGGCGGUUUAGAUCAACGAUGUCAUCUACGAUUGCAUGAUUGCGGCUGAUGAGGGCGAAUAGACGGCGUUGUGAGAGUGUUGUGCUGCACCUGUUUGUGUCUUCUCUGGAAAGCGGUCGUGUGGAUGCCAGCCUCUUACGAAAAGCGUUCAAGUUGACUUGCUGUUUCCCAGAGCACACGUUAAUACUAGGUGUUACCCCCAGUGUCAAGGAUACACUUCAUAUUUCACAUCUUGUGUACACAUAGAUACAUCACCAGCUCCCAUACGGCCACUUCUCUACACCCAGAGCCCCACUUGGUCGGUUACAAAGCUUGAGGCAGUUCAGAUGUGUCCAUGACUGCUUUGUACCAGUUGUACGUAAAUCCUUCUGUCCCAUUUCACGCCCUGAAGAAAUGAGAGUUCUCUAGCGAGCUCGCUUUGAGGCUAUCAGUGUCAGGCCCCC